AUGGUCAGCACCACUGAAGGCCUCGAAUGUCUCAUAUUUCAAGGCUUAUACCAUAUCAAUGCUGGAAACCCACGACGUGCAUGGUUGACAUUACGCAGAGCUUUGAAUCUCGGACAGUUGAUGGGGAUUCAUAGAAAGAAAGGUUCUACGAUUCCGGGUGGUAGACAGAUGUGGUUUCAAGCAGUACAAGCAGAUAGGUACCUUGGAUUGCUCCUAGGACUCCCCUGCGGCUCGGCUGACCUUGAAUUUGAGCCCGACGAGAAUUUCCAAAACCCAAAUGUGAACGUCGACGAGCUCUUUAAUAGCAAGCUUUGCAAUAUAGUAGGCCGAGUUAUUGAACGAAAUCAAUCCGAAAAUUCUCAAGUUUAUACCACCACACAAAAUAUCGAUGAAGCACUCGAACAAUUACACAACGAUAUGCCAACAGGCUGGUGGGAAAUUCCUGCCUUCAUUCCAAACGACGGUUCAUUAGAGGCUGUGCAGAUUUUCAAUCGCAUCAUGUCAGAAAUGUGGUAUUUUCAGGUGGUCGCGAUUCUCCACCUUCCCUUCAUGCUUCGAGCUCCCAAGGAAAGGCGCUAUGAAUACAGCAGAUUUAGUUGCUUGAAAGCUUCCCGAGAGAUGAUUGACAGAUAUCUUGCCCUUCGGAGAGCCGGAACUACAUCAUUCUGCUGCAAUGUGGUUGACUUUGGGGCGCUCACCUCCACUGUUACUCUUUACUUGGUGAGUAUAAUGGAGUCCGAGACAGGUGGUGAAAGUCAGGCACAACGCCAACAAAAGGAAUCCGACAAGGCCAUGGUCCACGCCGUGCUCAAACAUAUGGAGGAUCUAUCGCAGGGUGGCAGGGACUUCGUGGCAACCCAGAGCGUCAGUGUCAUCAAGUCUCUCCUGGCAAUUGGCUCUCCCGGCUCUCCCUCCGAUCAUCAGACCGGGAAUCUCAAACUCACGAUCCCGUAUUUUGGUACAAUUAGCAUAGUCCGGCCUCCACCCGCGGAACAGAACGAAGCGUCAAAUCUCUCGUACCUUCAACCAUUCCCAGAGCAGUCUCUGCCCAUGGGACAGGAACCAACUCCGCAAUCUUGGCAAGGCUCCUACACUCCUCGAAGCCCAGGGUUUACAACUCAGACGAAAAUGCCCAUGAUCUCCUUUUCGAGCUGUCAAUUCCCUAACCUCUCGUGCCAACAGCCACAACAAAUACAAGACUGGAGUUUGCCAGAGGAUAAUCUUUUUUUUGAUUCGCUGUUACAGACAGACCUGGAAGGAAAUUGGAUAUAUUAA